AAUAACAAAGGGUUCAGCGUUAAUUUGUGAUCAGGAUUACAUUUUGAAAAUAUAACUUAAAAUCUGACUUUGUUGAGAGGAACUUCCUGUCUUGUUGAAGCAUGAUUUAUUGCAAAACAUCCCUCACUGGCUGGAUGUGUUGUUGCCGGUCUAGCUGCUGGGAGGAGUCUGCUGACAGACAUGCAGGCAGCUGAGCUUUCUCUCACUCUCACCUGGAGAACACGACAGUUUUAGUUAGUGUUAGGAGGAACUGAACCCCGAUAGGUCUGACAAUGUCUUCUGAUAGUGCCUUGGAGGUGUACAGGGAGAUGGUGCUGCUGUACCUGGAUCAGGGCCGGCGGCAGGUCAACACACACUGCUCCGACCUGGAGCCCUGGCAGAUCAUCGGAGCGUCGGUCAUCACCACGCUGGGCGCCGUCUGGAUCAAAGGCUUCUUCUUCGAGCAAGAAAGUCUCCUGUCGCGAAUCAAGAAGCUGUGCUUUCGACUCGUCAGAAAAAUACCCUUUGUUGGCGCAACAAUCCAGACCCAGCUCAACAAGGCUCUGGAUGACAUGUCUGCUAGUCUGUGUACUCUGAAGGAAGGGAUGAGCUACACUAAGCAGCUGCCCUCUAAAGGCCUCUCCCAGAGCCAAGUGCUGGACAAGAUCAGAGAGUACGAGACUCUGAAUGAGGUGAAGUGGGAGAAGGGAUUUGUUUCGGGCACAGUGUACUGGGGGGAUGAGUCUCUGACCAAUCUCCUGGUGAAGGUAUAUGGAGAUUUCGCAUGGAGCAACCCACUUCACCCUGACAUUUUUCCUGGGGUAAGAAAGAUGGAGGCAGAGGUUGUCAGAAUGUCUUGCACACUUUUCCACGGUGGACCAAACUCCUGCGGCGCAGUCACUUCAGGAGGAACUGAGAGCAUACUGAUGGCCUGCAAGGCGUACAGAGACAUGGCGUAUGAACGUGGGAUCAAAUACCCUGAAAUUGUUGCCCCUUUGAGUGUCCACGCAGCCUUUGACAAAGCAGCGCAUUACUUUAGGAUGAAGCUUGUUCACGUUCCGCUCGACAAGAAAACCAUGAAAGUAGACGUGAAGGCUAUGAGGAGAGCCAUCAACAAGAACACGGCCAUGCUGGUGUGCUCGGCGCCUCAGUUCCCACAUGGAAUCAUUGAUCCCAUUGAAGAAGUAGCCAAGCUGGCGCUGCGCUACAGCCUCCCCCUGCAUGUGGAUGCCUGUCUGGGAGGUUUUCUCAUUGUGUUCAUGGCCAAGGCUGGUUACCCACUGGCUCCUUACGACUUCAGGGUAAAAGGUGUAACCAGCAUCUCUGCAGACACCCACAAGUACGGUUACGCCCCUAAAGGCUCCUCAGUGAUCCUCUACAGUGAUAAAAAGUACCGGCACUACCAGUACUUUGUGGCUCCAGACUGGCAGGGGGGAAUCUACGCCUCGCCCUCUGUGGCAGGCUCCAGGCCCGGAGGGAUCAUCGCCGCCUGCUGGGCGACCAUGAUGCACAUAGGAGAGAACGGAUACAUAGACGCCACCAAGAAGAUCAUUAGCACAGCUCGCAAAAUCAAAACAGAAACCUCCAAGAUUAAAGGUGUGUUUGUGUUUGGGGACCCCGAGGUGUCGGUUGUGGCAAUAGGCUCCGAUGAGUUUGAUAUUUUCCGUCUGUCCAACGCACUGACGACAAAGGGCUGGAAUCUGAACACUCUGCAGUACCCAUCCAGCAUCCACAUUUGUUGCACAGUCCUACACACGCAGAAGGGCGUCGCCGAUCAGUUUGUCCAUGAUGUCAAAGAGCAGGUCGCCAUCAUCUUGAAGAACCCCAAAGAGAAAACCACAGGAAUGGGAGCGAUCUACGGCAUGGCCCAGUCCAUCCCAGACAGAUCCAUGGUGACGGAGAUCUCCAGAGGUUUCCUGGACUGUCUCUACAGCACUGAGGUGUCCCUGUCAAACACCAGCCACAUGAAUGGCAACGGCAAAGCCCACCACUGAAGCUGCAUGGGCCCCCCCGCCCCCACCGCACGCAGGGAAACACGCUCGCAUCCUCCUAGAGUUUCGAGCUAAUCGUCAACGGUUGCCUUAUCUUACACACCUACACCAUACGGAAAACAUCUGCAAAGAUCUUUAAAGCACAAGCCAUAGUCAUAUAAUCAGCCCAGAGGGAAAUCGCUUGUUUAGGCAGAGAGAAGAAAUUACUUGUUCCAAAAGCAUUUGAUUUUAUCAUGUAUCUAGUGAAAGUGUGUGUGUGUGUGUGUUUGUUUGUGUUGUUUUAAAUGUUUAACAGUUCAUUUCAAUUUUAGCAUGUGUUAAAUGCUAAUGUUUCUCAUAAUCUCUACUGAUUGCAUAGCAAAACCAUUCCUUUUUUUUUUCUUUUACUGCCGGAACAUUUCAGCUUGUUGCCUGACUGCCAUGACUCAGCAAAAACCACUGAACCCUUGUUAGUGACGCUGUGCUGCCCUCUAGCAUAAACCUGAUGCAGUGCUUUAUAUAUGUGGAGGCUCAAAGGUAUCAUCAUCAUGUGGCAAUUCUGGCAGACAGCUUUUACAAUGUAAAAACUCUACGAUGCCCCGACUAGAGCAUAUCAGGGUAAUCUGUAAAUCACUUGAACCUACAGUUCUGAUGUUAUGGUAGAAGUGUGUCUGUGAGCAUGAACACGCAUGUCCUUUGUUUGAUGGCACUUAUUGUGAUGACUAUUUUCGUGAUCCAUCUACAGUGGUUGGAUUUGUAGACAGAGGGAGAAUGAUUUAGAUAGUGGGAGCGUUUAAUGUAGUUAAUAAUGUAUACAAUUGUUGUUUGAAUUACAAAGGGUAGAACUAGCCACAAGGCCGAAUAUAUAUUUGUGUUAAACCGCAAAUGGAAUCCAAAACUAAUUGGACUCUUGGGCUUUUUAAUUGGAAUUCCACACAUUAGCUUUUAAAGGAAAUUAAACAAACACACUAGACUGAAGGCUGUUUCCACCUCUGGUCCUGUUUAAACUCAAUAAUCUGCAAAGUCUGCAUAGAGUCACUUGUCUAUCACUCUAGUUUUUAAUAAUUUGUCUCUUAAUUCAAUCUACCUCAGUUUCUACUCAAUGAAAAUGUCAUGUAUUCAUCCACUGAAACACUUUCAAAGAGGGCAAGUGUUUUUUUUCUUGUCUAACAUAAUCUUCACAAUGUAAGGGCAUACAAACUGUAAUAAAGAUAAACUGUUUGACUGAUCGAUUCAAUUGUUUGUUGGGAGAAACCCACUCUCUGCCCUGUCUGAAUGUAAAUAUAUCCAUUCAGCAGGAUAUGUACACAUACUUACAGUUGACAAUGUAACAAUGCAUUCUGUAACACCAAAACAUCUGUUCUUUUAUUUGCUUUCCUAAUAUUGCUUGUUGAAAUUAUUUCCAUGUUUGUGCAAUAUAUAACUUUUCCUUUUGUGAAGUGAAACAAUGAGGACUGCUCUACUAUAAAUGUUUUAAGUCAAUAGAAGCAUAGUAUUGAAUGACAUAUCGGCCUUGUUAGUAAGUGUAAUUUAACCACUGGGUGUGUAUUAAUCACUUAAUUUGUGAGCGUUUGUGUUUUACAUACUGAGCAUUUUUAAAGAGAUUAGACAUGAAUGUAUUUAGGUUUUUACAUGUGCGGGAUUUUUCAAGCUAUUAGUCAGUACCUGGUUAAAUGGCUGAUGACAUACCCACUAACGAUUGUAGCUCAUACCAUCAUGUGUUCAUCCAUCCUUCUUUCAAUACUGUGCCCAGUAACGGUGUGGAUACUCAUGCCUGUGCAAAAACAGUUUUCCAGCAAUGACUCAUCCUGUUUGCUUAUGGAGAAAUAUCCUCAAUAAUUGUCUCUUAAAUAAAACCGUGUAAUGCAA